AUGUCUCUUGUCUGCACUGCAUCGAUAUCCAGUUUGAAGUAUUGGGACCCCGGCAACCUGCUACAGAUAAUUGGAAAAGGGCGGCAUGCAGAGAUCAGAUGUGUAGGCAGGGCUGUGAGCCAGGGCGAUGCCCGCUGCCGUUGGACGAUCGAUCGUGAGAGGCAAACUAAGAUCGAGGCCAAGUUGGAGCAAAUAGCGACCAGAAACCCGGCGGACAUCACGACAGAAGAACUGCGCGACCUCGCUGAGCUUUGUCUUUGCCGAGACUGGCAUUUGUACCAAAAGGAAGACACUGUCCACCACUGGAAAGAGGUAGUACUUCAUGCAGCGGAAAAUUCUAGGAAUGCUAUGGCGGAAGGACUGAGAAACCAGAAAGAUGAAAUCGCUAAACUGCAAGAGGUGUUAAAAGCGAAAGAAGAAGAUUUGCAGUGGUCAUGGAAGCAAUACCGAAGCCUGGAGAAAAGGUUCGACGACACGAGGCUUGCACAGUCCAAAAAUCUCGAAUCGCAGGAAAUUGAGCUUCUGGAAAUCCGACAACAUCUCCAGAGCGCAACGGACAAUGCGCAAAGCCUCAAAACGGCCAUAUUGGAUCAUCAUCUGAAGCUCAAGCAAAUCACGACUGCCCUGGCUGAAGAGAAAGACCGCCAAAUCAAGACGCUUGAGGACGAAAAGGAGGAACUGAAAGCCAAACAAUAUCUCGCGUGGACGGAAGCUGAUAUUACAAGAAAAGACCUUGCGAGGGAAGCGACAAAGACACAAAAGCUAGUCUUGGAAAAUGACGCUUUGCGAGAAAAGCUCCGGAAUUACCAAUCUAGAGAGGAGGCGCAAGCACCUAGAGAAUUGCACCCAGAAGACGAGAAAAUGUCCGAGAAGAGUACACAAGAAGCACAAGUUACCGCAGAGGUUCUGAAGCUACAGAACAUGAAGACCAAGCCCCUAGCCGACCUUUCCAACACAAAAGUCACCACGCUCGAAGCAGAUGUUUCAGCUUGCUGGCUUCAUCGCAUCAGGUCCCAUAUGAGAGGAAUCUUGCUGGCCAGUGUCGAGACGGUACUGGGUUAUAACGUUUGGUUUGUGAGAUUGAUCGAGUCCAUUGUGACGGAAAGAUGGUCUCUUAUCAAGCGAGGAUGA